AUGCAUCUAGAAACAAAUGAAUUACCGGGUCAAACGCAAGUCGGCACUCGGGAUCUAACAUGUCCAAUAUGCAUGAGCAUUGCUGGUGAUCCUCGAGUGACAUCAUGUUGUCAUCGUGUAUUUUGUGCGAAGGAUGCAGAUCCCACUCAAUAUCACAAUGGCUGUCCAUUAUGCCGUGAGAAAGAUUUUCACUUUGAGACAUCUCCUAAACACAAAGAGUUACUCGAACAACUGACUAUCAAAUGUGUUUGCACAGAACAUAUCGCUCUUGAUGAUUAUGAAAAUCAUUUGAGUCGAUGUUUGAACACACGAUUUACUUGUCCACAUACAGCUUGUCGUGAGAAAAACAGUCCAACCGAAUACAAUUCACAAGAACUGAUCAGUCACUUGGCUCGAUAUCAUUGUGACGAAGUUCCUGUACUUGGCACAACUUAUGUCAAGAAAUCGUUAGUCGAAGUGUAUAGAAAAGCAUCGAAUAAAUAUGAUGACCUGGUGAAAACUUUAUAUACUGUGAUUUACCCUAAAAUGAUUAGCGUACAGUUGAAAAAUCUAUCGUCAAAUCAGCAAAAUGCACCUAUUUUCAAAUGUCAACAAGGACACGUACUGAUUGAGGCUGAUUACACUCAACGCAAACGCCGCAAUGGUGCAGCUUACACUUCAAAUGGUUUUAGCUGUGAUGUCUGUCGUCAAGUUUUCACCAGUGGUCCGUCAUGGCAUUGUUCAUGUACAAAUGGUGGCUAUGAUAAGUGUGUUGGCUGUGUCGUUUUCGAUUUAUAUACUAUUGACGAUCCCAUUUUGAAAUUGGCAAGCACUGAUAGAGUGGAACAACAGGAGCGUGCACGACAACGAAAUCUUCAACAGAGUGCACGUGUUUCAAGAGAAUUAUCUCAGCUGUUAACCGAGCAUGUCAGUGAUGAUGACACCGAUGACGAUGACGAUGAUCAAGUCAAUUAUGAGCUGUUUGGAUCGAGAUUGGCUCGUCCAUCGUUUCUCACUCGACAACAGGGAACCGAAUCAGGAAAUCAUCAGACUAAUCGUCAAGAAAAAUAG